AUGCGUCCCUUUUCCAACGACUAUAACCUCCGCGACGCGAUCAAUAGUACUUGCCCAACCACCACAGCUUCUGGACCUCGUCUUCGAUUCGCAGAUAUACCAGCACUGUCUUCAGACCCGAACGUCUUGAUGCCUCCUUUCUACAGUAGCCAGGUCAUCGUCCACCGCGCCAUGGUUGAUUCACGCGCCCCUUGCCACCCGACCGAGGUUCAGUUGCCAUCAGUCACAUCCAAGGACCCUACCGAGCGAUUGAAAGCAAUGCUCGGUGUCGGAGAGUCUUUAGAGUCACGAGUUCGCCGCCAACUCAGAGCGAGCGUCACUCCAACUCCCGAGAAGCUUGAGGAUCGACUUCUUCGCCAGCUGCGUGCAAGCGUUCCCUUACCACCCGAGAAGCUUGAAGUCCGACUUGGUCACCAGCUGCGUGCGAGCGCAGCCUCCUCCUCCCCAUCCCCCAAUCGGCCCCUCUCCCUCUGGAAUUUGAAUAAAACAGUCUCCGACAGCGGCUUCCAUCAGUGGCCCCACUCGAGCUCUACGACCAGACCGUCUUCGAUUCAAUCUCGACCGGUUUCGCCAGGCCAUAGUAGCGAUACGGCGUCGAGCGCUUCGAGUCUGGGCUCAUGGAGUUCAGUAUCCCGUCGCAGCUCACCGGUUAUACAUCAGGCCAGCUCAAUGUCAGCGUCGAAAUCUACCCUCGACAGGUCUAUUGAUCCAUCUAUCAUCGGUAUUGGCAAUGUUCGCCCUCGUCCUACCAUCGAGACCCCUCCAUCUUCGAUCAGCUCUGAUAAUCCUCAUACUGGCCCCUCAUGCAACGAGUGCGACACUUUUCAAGAGGAGUUUGAUAAGGCGAAGAAGGAGGCAAGCGCUGCGCUGGUCACCCAAGCCAAGUACGAAAGUCUACAAGAUCGCUUUAUCGAAGCCUUGAAGGAGACUCGCGGCGCGCUCGUCGCCAAGAGCAAAUCUGAGGAAACUUUGCGAGUCAAGGCAAUUGAAGAGGAGCAGGAGGACGCACUCCACGCCAGGUUCGUAAAGUUGCCGAAGCCGGGAGCUCCCAUCGGGCUACGCGAGCUGAGAGGCCACUACUCUCGGCUAAGGAAGGAGAAAGACGAGCUGAAGAAGGAAAACGACGAGCUUAAGAAGCAGCUUGGUCAUUGCGAAAAGGCGCGCGACAAGUUCGCCAAAGAUUACGAGCAGUCCGUUCACGAGAAGCACCACAUCAUCCAUCAGGCCAACGCCCAAACUGAGAUGUUCAGUGAAAGCUCGGCGGAGGCGCUGAACGUGUUGAUGCUUUCCGCAUGCGAGACCCGCGUGUACCGCACAUUGUUGGCGGAUAGGAACGAGCAACUCGAACAAAAGACGGAGGAGGCGGAGCUGUGGAAACAGUUCGUGGAUGAUUUCCUAGGCUUCCUCGACGUCGCUAAGGAAGAGCUUGGCCCAGACUCCGAUUACAUGCAGAACACACUGGCGGAGGAAAAGGAUAAGCGCGACACAGUCGACUACCUAAAGGAGAUUGACGAGAAGGCUGCCGCGCCGGUAUCGACGUUCAUUCAAUUCGGACUCGGAUUCCCGUCCACUCCAUCGCAUGACCCGGGCGACGACCCAGAUCCAAACGGUGGUUCCGAUGAUUUCGAUGACCCGUUAGCCCUGCGGAGCGGAAUUGGCUAUUGUCAGGACGCCGACGACAUAAGAGAAGACCUAAAGGAAGCUGAACGCGUGCGGGAACACCUGCGACUUCUGCACAGCAACAAAGAGCGCCUUGCGAGUGAGAUACUCUCAGGGGGGCAUAAGCCUAACCAACGGCAUUCGACAGAAGAGGUUGUCAAGUACCUCGAUGAGACCUUGCGCCGAAUGGAGCUGGCCGUAUCUAAAAUCGCCAACCCUGCGUUGUAUAAGGACUAUGAGCAGAUAAAUUAUAAAAAAGUCUGCGAAACGUCUGAAAUGACGGAGGGGGAUGGGACAGCCCAGGAGGAGCACCCGGAGGAAGAAGGUGAUGUCGAGGAGGCUGAGGACCCCGGAAAUAGGGAGGCUGCUGAAGAGGGGGAAGAGAGCGAUAGGCAGGAGCUCUAG